GAAUUGGACCUGAGUAACAAUGACCUUCAGGAUUCAGGAGUGAAGUUGCUCUGUGUGGAACUGGAGAAUCCACACUGUAAACUGGAGAUACUGAGACUUGCUGCUUGUAAACUCACUGAACAGUCCUGUGAAGCUGUAGCCUCAGUUCUACAGUCAGUAAACUGUCCCCUGAGAGAACUGGACCUGAGUAACAAUGACCUUCAGGAUUCAGGAGUGAAGUCACUCUGUGUUGGAUUGAGGAAGCCACACUGUAAACUGGAGAUACUGAGACUUGCUGGUUGUAAACUCACUGAACAGUCCUGUGAAGCUGUAGCCUCAGUUCUACAGUCAGUAAACUGUCCCCUGAAAGAACUGGACCUGAGUAACAAUGAGCUUCAGAAUUCAGGAGUGAAGAUGCUCUGUGUGGAACUGGAGAAUCCACACUGUAAACUGGAGAUACUGAGACUUGCUGGUUGUAAUCUCACUGAACAGUCCUGUGAAGCUGUAGCCUCAGUUCUACAGUCAAGAAACUGUCCCCUGAGAGAACUGGACCUGAGUAACAAUGACCUUCAGGAUUCAGUGAAGUUGCUCUGUGUGGAACUGGAGAAUCCACACUGUAAACUGAAGAUA